AUGAACCUCCGCAAUUCCCUCGCGCUCGUCAUCGCGUUGGCCGUGCCCUACCUGCUCCUCACGUCGCACUACCUCAGCGCGCCGCCGCCGCCGCCCGUGGACCUCGCGCCGUACUACGCUACUAUUAAUUCGGCGCGCGCGCUGCUCGCCGAGCACGGCGCGCCGGUCCAGCCGGUAGAGGCGACGCCAGCACAACCGGUCGUGGCGCCUGCGAGUAGCGGCACGAAGGACCUCGUCAUCGGCCUCGCGAAGGAGAUCGACGCCAAGAAUUUGGCCGUCUUCGCGGCGUCGUUACGACAGACCACCACAAACUGCGACCUCGUCCUUUUUGUGGAUCGGCCGUCGAUCGAUCGGACGCUGCAUACGAUCGUCGAACGGUUUUCUGUGGAUCUGAUUCCCUACGACCCCGCCACCUUGCAACCGCCGCAACUCCGCAAGUUCCACGCGUCGACGUUGCGGUGGCCCCUGAUCUCGCGCGAGCUCGACAAACGACGAGCAAGGAACUACCGAGGUGUUUUAUUUGCGGACGUGCGCGAUACGGCCUUUCAAUCAGACCCCUUCGGCGCGAUGCUCACUACCCAACAAGUCUUCUACGGGUUCAAUGGAGUGGAAUCCAGAACGAUCGGCGAGUGCGGCUGGAACGGCGGUUGGAUCCGCGACUGUUUUGGAGAGGCGAAAAGAAGGAAGCUCGCCUCAAAACCCAUCGUCUGUUCCGGCGUGUCCAUCGCGACGUUCGAGGAGGGUCGUCUUUAUGCGGCGCAGAUGGCCGAGGUCGUUUCUGAUGCCCAGUUCGCACCCUGUGAAAGAAAUGGGGUGGACCAGGGCGUGCACAACGUGUUGAUGCAUGAGAACGAGGUGAAGCACGCCGUCAUUGUCUCACAACGAACAGCAUUAGUUGCGAACCUCCAGGCUAAAGUCGCGUCAGUAGACCCGCGUUCACAUAAGGUGGCCAAUCCGCGCGGCGACGUCGUUUCUGUGGUACACCAGUACGACCGCUUCCCGAACCUGGCAGCUUUUUACUACGAGACGUAUGCCAGGAGCAUCCCGGGCGCCGUGCCCGACGCGUCGGCCUGCGCUUCUUAUGAAGUUCGGAAUGAUGUGGACGCGUUCAAAGGAAGGUGCGACCUGGCUGUAAGUGGCGGCGCGCACCCGGCGGACUGCUGCGUCAAGUGCCAGAAGACGCCAUCAUGUCGAGCCUGGACCCUGGCGGGGAGCCAGUGCUACCUCAAGACGUGCUCGGCCUUCGGGCCCCUCGCGCGGAUGCCCGGCGCCGUGAGUGGUGUAAAAAAGAGUUAG